CGGGGCUGAAAAUUGGAAAUGGUCGUCACUCCCUGUUUUAUUAUAAUUUCAUUUAUAAAUUACAUUUUAAUUGUUCCAUUUUGAUAAAAGUGAUAACCAAAUUAAACCUAAAUUUUACAAUCUGUGAUAGCUUAAGGAAUUAGUAUAGGAUACCUUCGAUUAGAUAUUAAAAUUCUAGUAAAUAGUAAUGUAAACUAAGAAGAAAUCCUCAAGGAAGAUGUCGAAAAAUAAAUUAAAUUUAACGCUGCCUCCAGGUGCAAUAGACCUAAAUCCUGCAGUAACCCCCACAUCCUCUUUCCAAGAGGCGCCUGUGACAACUAAUUUAAUCAGAAGUAAUAGUAUAGAGAACUUAACUGCUAGACUAGAAGAAUUAGACUCGACACUCGAAAUGGACGAUACCCAAAGGAAGAGAAUAGAAGUUUUCCUCUGUCAGAAGGAGAAGAUCGGUGGGGAAUUUUCCGAGGACGAUUUCGAGAAGCUCGGUGAACUGGGCUCUGGCAACGGAGGAGUUGUUACAAAAGUCCGCCACAAGGGCAGCGGCCUCAUAAUGGCGAGAAAACUUAUACACUUAGAGGUGAAGCCUGCAAUAAAGAAGCAGAUCAUUAGGGAAUUAAAAGUUUUACACAAAUGCAACUUUGCGCACAUCGUUGGCUUUUAUGGAGCCUUCUACGUCGAUGGUGAAAUCAGCAUAUGCAUGGAAUACAUGGAUGCUGGUUCGCUGGACCUUAUUUUAAAAAAAGCUGGUAGAAUACCUGAAAACAUAUUAGGUAAAAUCACAUUCGCAGUUCUUAAGGGGCUGAGUUACUUAAGAGACAAACAUGCUAUUAUGCACAGAGACGUAAAACCAAGCAAUAUUCUUAUCAACAGCUGUGGUGAGAUAAAAAUCUGUGAUUUUGGUGUAUCUGGACAAUUGAUAGAUUCAUUGGCUAAUUCUUUUGUGGGAACUAGGAGCUAUAUGUCUCCUGAAAGACUGCAAGGAACGCAUUAUUCCGUGCAAAGUGAUAUCUGGUCGUUGGGUUUAUCAUUGGUUGAAAUGGCUAUUGGUAUGUACCCCAUACCACCUCCAGAUGCAAAGACAUUAGCGUCAAUUUUCGGGCCGCACAAUGAUAGUGAUUCACCAGAUCACACCAAAGGACCCAGACCGAUGGCAAUAUUCGAAUUGUUGGACUAUAUCGUAAAUGAGCCGCCUCCUAAACUACCAUCAGGCAUAUUCACAGAUGAUUUUAAAGAUUUCGUUGACAGGUGUUUGAGGAAAAAUCCCGACGAGAGGGCCGAUUUGAAGACACUAAUGAAUCAUUCAUGGAUUAAACAGGCAGAAAGUGAAGAUGUAGACAUAGCUGGAUGGGUCUGUAAAACAAUGGAAAUUCAACCUCCCAAUAAAUAGAUUAUACACUUUUUAAACAAUUUAAAAUAGCUGUGAAUUUUUAAAUCUAUCGCUAAAUUUAGUCACUAAUUUGUUGAAAUAUUGUUAUACAUAUAUCAUAUUUACUAAUAAUUAUUCCAGUGAUAUAAUCGAAAAGUGAUGUAUAGAAACAUAUUUUUUAAUAAGUUAUAAGUGCAAAUCUUUAAUCUGUAAGUAAAUAAAAUAAUCAGCUGUUAUUGAAUCAUUUUAAGACCUUAAGGAACAAAUAAGUAAACACUCACUUGUUGAAACACUUAUAUUAAUAAUACAUUAAUAUAAAAAAAUUAGAUGUUGCCAUUUAUUUACUCAAAAUUGAAAUGAAAACAUUAAAGAUUUACAUCGAAACCGUUUCAUAUAAUUAUUUUUAACAAAUAUUGAAGUAAACUGCAAUUUAUUAAAUUUUCAAAAUAUAUGACGACAAUGAAUUAAUCUACCACAAAAUUGAUCACUUAAAUUUUUAUCCUCAAAAUACCAUUUCACAACUAUUGAAUGAUUUUUUUUGCCAUUCAAGGAGUUACGAUAAAUAUUUAUAUGUAUUAUUUAAAAAUCGUUUCGAAUGAUACUUAAAGCUGGUUAAGUAAAAAAUCACAGUUUUAACUGUUACUAAUUGUUUACUUAUAAUAAUUAAAAAAUAAAUUAAUGUACAAUAAACUUGUUCAAAUCGUAUUAAAAAUUAUUAAAGGUGGUUAUUUGUGUUGGAUUCAAAAAUUUCAGAAAUAAAAUACAUUAAAACAGUGAGUUUAAAUAAAAUUAACUGGUUCCUGUGCUUUAAUUUAAAUAACUCCUUUUCAUGUAAUAAUCUUUUUUGUACUUUGAAAAAAAAUUAGAAUAACAAGAAUAUUAAUGCAAACCACGUUGUCCUGAAAAUGAAUAAAACCUAAAUUUAUAUACAUACAGGGGAAAGGGGGCAAAGCCAGAAUUUCUCACUGGACUAGAAAUAUUCGCAACAGUUAACAUGAUGACCUAGUUGUCGUAGAAGAACCAGAACAGUUAUUUAAGCAACGUAGUUGUAUUGAUUGGGAUUAUCCUUGUCUCGUUCCAUGUAGUCUCUGUCAAUCAGGGAUUCG